AUGGAAGUCUGUGUUAUGACAUUGUAUUAUCCCGGAAUAUAUUUACUUGUUGAGGUGGAAUCAUGCACCAUACCAAAAACUGUUAGAGAUCUGGAAUCAAUUAUAAAGCUUCAUCAAGUAUUUAUGAGUAUUCGGGAGAAUGCGAUAGAUUUGUUGAGUGAGAGAUUCCAUACCACACCUCUUCAAGCAAACUAUUCAAAAUGGUUACGUCCAACUGCUGAUACACCGAGUGCAGAAAACUAUUUGUCUGUACUUGUGAAAAAGUAA